AUGAACGCUGAACAAAUGGUGAACAGUGAACACGAAGAACAGAAAAGAGAAGGAAUAAAAGAUGGAAAUGAAGCAACUCGCAAUGAUCCUCAGAUGUCAACAGGUGAAACAGAAUGCUGGGGCAGCCGACAUACCCUCGCUUUCCUGGGAUUCCUCGGCCUGGGGCUCUUGUACGCCAUGAGGGUCGGCCUUUCAGUUGCCAUCGUUGCCAUGGUCAAAGCCGACGUCGGGAGGCCCACCGUCGCCGGCAACAGGUCGUCGGAUAGUUGCCCGUUUCCUGAAGAUGACGGCUCGCACUCGUGGGACGAAACCACCCAGGGGGUCCUCCUCGGCGCCUUCUUCUACGGGUCCCUCUGCUCGAAUUUCCUCGGGGGACGCCUGGCGGAGCACCUGGGGGGGAAGCUCGUCCUCGGGAUGGGGAUCCUCCUCAGCGCCCUCUUCGCCCUCCUCACGCCCCUGUGCGUGGAGAUCUCGACGGCUCUGUUCGCUGUGGUCCGCGGGCUGCAGGGGGCGGCGCUGGUGGGUGCGGCCGCUCGGCUGGCCUUUGCCUCGGGGCUUUGUUUGGCUGGGGGUCGUUUGUCGUUGUUCGGCGUGUCCCUCCCUGCCAUGAACGUUCUCUUGGCCUCCUGGAUCCCGCCAACUGAGAGGUCAAAGUUCACGACCUUCGUGUUCAACGGCGUGGAUUUCGGCGUCGUGGUAACCAUGGUGACGAGCGGCUGGCUCUGCGACUCGAACUUCCUCGGCGGGUGGCCUCUGGUCUUCUACGUGCAUGGCUGCCUCGGUCUCCUGUGGUCUGUGGCCUGGUUCCUCCUCGUGAGCGACCUGCCCCAGACCCAUCCUCGGAUUUCGGAGCAGGAGCGGAAUUACAUCGUGGGGCAGUGCGAAACGAUACCAAUCCCCUGGCGCGCUCUGCUGACGUCACUUCCGGUCUGGUCCAUCCUCCUCGCCCAUUUCGGAAACAACUGGGGAUCUUUCAGCCUCCUCGCCGAGCUGCCUUCGUAUCUCCACAACAUCCACCAUUUCGACAUGAAAAGCAACGGGAUGUUGUCCGCCCUCCCGUACCUGGCGCUGUGGCUCUUCAGCUUGGCCUACAGCGCCGCCAUGGACAGGCUCCUCUCCUCCGGCAGGCUGUCCGUGAUCGCCGUUAGGAAGGUCUCCAUGGCUAUUGCCUCCUUGGGUCGCGCCCUCGGUCUGCUCGCGCUCUGCUUCGUCGGCUGUGACAGCGUGGCGGUCAUAGCUGCGAUCUGCGUGUCUGUCGGUCUGGGCGGCUCUGUGUACUGCGGGUUCAUGUGUUCGCACCAGGACCUUGCUCCCAACCUGGCGGGGACGCUGAUGGGGUUGUCGCUCACCGUCGGCAGCGCCCCGGGCUUCCUGGCGCCUCUGCUCAGCGGGGUCAUCGUCAGCGGGGAUCAGACCCUAGCUGGCUGGAGAACGGUCUUUAUCAUCUCCGCUUCCGUGUACGUUCUCACCGGGUUUGUUUACAUCUCCUUCAUCACGGCAGAACAGCAGUCUUGGAAUAAUGUGGAGGAGAAGGAAAAGAAGACCAAGAAAGGUGAAAAACACGUCGAGAACACGUUACCAAGAAACACAGCAGUCGGCACUCAGGCAGAGACAGGGCCGAGAGUAAGAGCCUGAAGGGAAUCUUAAAACUUCCUUCGUCCUGCCUUAUCCUUCAGAGGAACAGGAUCCCGAUUUUGUCACAACGCAUAUCUGAUAUCCUUUUAAUUACUGACACACGCUGUAUAUUUUCCUUAAGGAUUUUACAGCAGGAAGGAAGUUCUGAAAUAACGUUAUGAUUACUGACUCAUCCUGCAUACUGUAACAUAUUUACGGAUUUUACAGAAUUCUAGCAAAAUAUUAUGAUCAUUGACACAACUGCAUGUUUUAUUCGAGGAUGUUACAGCAGGAAAUUCUUACAUAACGUUAUGAUUACUGUCACAUGCUGUAUGUUGCUGUAUUGUAGUAUUUCACAGCAGGAGAUUCUGAAAUAACGUUAGAAUUGUUUUGUGUUCCCGAUUGAUAAGAUGAUUCUCACUUGUUAAAUAAAAAGUGUCAUACCUUGA